UCAGCCUUUUUUCUUUGCACCAUGAAUUCCGCUCCAGGACCAGGACUACCAGGACCACCGGGGCCGCCGGGGCCGCCCUACUUCAAUAGUGGCUACUCUUCUGGCGGGCUACCAGGACAACCAAUGCCAAUGUCCAUGCCCAUGCCCAUGCCCAUGCCCAUGCCCAUGCCAGUGUCAGGUGGAGGGCCUAUGGCAGGACCGUUUGGACAUCCACCACCUCCUCCUCCCGGAACAUUUCAUCCACCCCCUCCAAACUUACUGCCGCCAGGAUGGACUGAGCAUAAGGCGCCUGACGGCAUGGCAUAUUACUAUAACUCGGCCUCCGGACAGAGCUCAUGGAUCAGACCUACGAUGGGUCCUCCUUUACCACAGGGACCAGCACCCUCCGGAAUACCACCCCCACCUGGUGUGUCUUAUUAUCCACCUAACAGUCAGCAACCAUUGUAUCCGCCGGGCGUUGCCCCCCCGCCUGCAUCUAUAGAACCAAGUAAACCAGCAGAGACUAAUGCUGGCGAUGGCAAUGGAAAAGCAAAAAAAUCCAAAAAGGUCAAAAAAGAAAAGGCGAUUAAAAAGACACAGGUGUUGGAGUCUCCAUGGUUCAUUGUUGUGACCAAUCUGGAAAACAUUUUUUUCUAUAACAAGGAAACCAAGAUCUCUAUAUGGGUGCCUAAUCCUGAGUUGGAGCAGAUUCUCGUCAAAAUGGGACAAGCCGAAACAGAGAAGUUGGAAGCAGAACGGAAAGCGCAAGCAGAGGAGGAGCAGCGGCUUUUGACACUCAAGCGACCCAAUGAUGGCGGUGUUGAUGGCUCUGGAGGCGAGAAGAAGUUGAAAAACGGAGCGGAUGACCAAGCAGCAGCCGGCACAGAGAUGACAGAAGAUGAUAUAGCAUGGCAGUUGGCAGCGAUGGAAGGCGAAAUGGAUGAAGGUGAUCCAGAUCAACAUAUGGCAAGUCAAGAUGAAGGAGGCGAUGAAGAAGAAGAAGAAGAUGAAGCUUUGGAGCAGCGGCUCCGUAUGCUUCAGCAAGGAGCUGAGUCAUCAGCAGGAACGGCACACCCAUCUGCGUCCGAACGGCAGGCACAUACGAGAAUGGAGAUCUCGCCUGACAAUAUUCAGGAAAGAGAGAUGGCCUAUUUGGAGAUGAUGCGUGAUCGUGGGGUCACUCCAUAUGACACGUGGGAAAAGGCAUCUGCUAAAAUUGAACGAGACCCACGCAUGUAUCUCAUUCCGGAAAGAAAGGUUCGUGAAGCCUUGUUUGAGAGUUUUUGUGUAAUCCGGGCUAAGGAACUCAGAGAGGCCAAGGAAAAAGAGGCGAAAGAAAAGGAGGAGGAAGAGAGAAAAGAAAGAGAAAAGAAGGGAAGAGAUCGACAAUCUUCUCAUCAAUCCAGUUCGCAUUCCACAACGACCACAACUUCGUCAAGUUCUACAAAGCCUGAGGAUAUAUAUAGGCGACUGGUGGAAGAGUAUACUACAAAGACAUCCACUUGGCUGGAUUUUAUGACGAAAUACAGAGUGGACCCGCGGUUCCUGGGUUUAAAGCCAGGGUCCUUGCGAGAAUCGAUUUUCCGUCAAUAUUUAUCAGAUUUAAAGAAGGGAAAGAUACCAGAUAAAUCUCGAUCACACUCUUCAGACAGAGAUAAGGAUAAGCAAAGGGAUAAAGACCGAGAUAGGGGCAGAGAUCGAGAUAAGGACAGGAGUCGAGAUAGGGAUAGAGAUCGAGACAAGGACAGGAGUCGAGAUAAGGACAGAGGGCGGGAUAGGGAAAGAGAUCGAGACAAGGACAGAGACAGAGAUAGAGACAGGGACAGAGACAGAGAUAGAGGCCGAGACCGAGAUAGGGACAGAGAUCGAGGUAGGGACAGGGAUUGAGAUAGGGGUAAAACAGCGGCAAAAAGAAAGCUCAUAGACAAGGAUAGUGACGAUGAAUGAUCAAUCAGGGUCUUAGACUGGC